GAUGUUUGACCCCUCGGACCGCAUUUUUUGAAUGCCGCUUCGGCGCGCCGAGUGGGCAUGAACAAGCAGCCGAUUCAUCUGCCGUCAAGUUUGCCUAUGGGUCCAGAAGCUAGCAGUGCAAGUAGUAUAUAGACCAAGCUCCCCUUGCCCUCCCGCAUCUCCUCCUCUAUCCUAAUCCUCAAUCUCCCAAUCACCAUUUCCCUUCUCAAAUCUCUCAGGAAGCUGCCUCUCCAGCACUUUCGUACUUCCCACCUUCUCAAGAAGUCGCCCCUCUAUCUUUGCACUUCUCGCAACUACCUCCACACAAGCGUCAAAAUGUCGACCAACGCAAGAUUUGACCCCAACUUCACUCCCUAUGUCAUCAAUGCCAUGGGACCCAAUACUCCCGACCGCGCUCGCGUCGUUUUGGGAUCAUUGAUCAAGCACAUUCACGAGUUCACCCGUGAGGUCGAGCUUACCCCCGCUGAGUGGAUGAUGGGUGUCGAGUUCAUCAACUCCAUCGGCCAGAUCAGCACUCCCAUCCGUAACGAGGGUCACCGUAUCUGCGAUGUCAUUGGUCUCGAAUCCCUCGUCGACGAGAUUGCCAACCGCAUUGUCACCGAGCAGGGCAUGUCCCCCACCUCCAACGUCAUCCUCGGCCCCUUCUGGUCGCCCAACGCACCUUUCCGUGAGCUCGGCGACAGCAUCAUUCAAGACCACAAGGAGGGUGGCAGGGUCACAUUCAUGCACGGUGUCCUCAAGGACAUGGAGACCGGUGCUCCCAUCGAGGGCGCCGUCCUCGACAUCUGGCAGGCUUCCUCCAACGGCCAGUACGAUUUCCAGGACCCCGAGCAGACCGAGAACAACCUCCGUGGCAAGUUCAAGUCCGACAAGGACGGCAAAUUCAACUGGUACUGCUACCACCCCACUCCUUACUCUCUGCCUACCGAUGGUCCCGCCGGUGUCCUCCUCAAGCUCAUGGACCGCUCUCCCAUGCGCCCUGCUCACAUCCACUUGAUGAUCACCCACCCCGAAUACGCCACUGUCAUCAACCAGAUCUACCCCAGCGACGACCCUCAUCUCGACAUCGACUCCGUCUUCGCUGUCAAGGAUGAUCUCGUCGUCGAGUUCAAGCCCAAGACCGAUGACCCCAAGGCUCAGCUCGACCUUGAGUACAACGUCACAUUGGCCCUGAAGAAGCACCACCCCAACCCCAACUCCGCUCCUCCCAAGUCUUCCUUUGAACGUUCAAUGGGCGUCAAGAAGCCUGUCAACCCCAACGAGGCUGUUGCCAACUUGUAAAAGAUUACAAACAAAAAAGCUGGGGAUUGUAUAUGAUGAAGAGAGCAGCAUACUUCUUACGAUUUAACUUCGUCCGAGGAUCAAAGGGUGAAUGGGCAUACUGUGCAUAUAUCAUGUCGGGUUCACAAGGCGUUUCGGGUUUUUACAUAUCACUGGCGAUAUGUGCCAUCUUCAUGUUCGCUUUCAGUUUUGCGAUAUAUCCAACAUGAAAUCCAUUUUUCCAAAAACU